GGGCGGGGAGAAACGGGAAGUCCCGCCUCGCCCUCGGCAGCCGCGGGCGGUGUGGCCCUACCGCUGAGAGACGGAACCCAGACCCGCGGCGCCCUGGAUCCGCGAGGCUGGGCCUCACGCCCCGCCAGCUUGGCUCUGAGGUCCCUUCUGAGACUGGCCGGGACCACAGAAGUGACUCCAGUUUUUUUCCCGUAGCUCACGUUGAUGCCUAAGGCCCCGCUGAUUUCAUCUCUGCAAAGUCACUGAAUCAGAAAAUGGAAGAACCUCCCAGGAACAUUGAAGAAUUCUUAAAGUCUCAAAAUUGGGAUUAUUGGCCAAGGGAUGUCCUUUUUGAAGAUAGUGAUAUAUGGGAAUACACUCUGAAUAAAAUAAAAGAAGAUUGUUCAUAUGCUUCAAUUUAUACACAUCUACAGGAAAAUAUCCCUCGAAUAUAUGAUGCCCAGUUGAUCAUGGAGUCAAGAUUGGAGGAAUGUUCAACUCUUUUGGAGAAACAUGCUGCUAAAAUAUUUGAGUUACACAGCAUAAUUUUAGGUUCUCAAGGAACAUUGGAAAAAUACAAGGCAUUUCUAAGGAAGUACCAUAAGAAAAAGAUGAUAAUGCUUUCAGAUGGCAUGGAGACAAAGAAGAAUAUAGAGGGUUGCAACUUCUCUGGAUUCAAAUUAAAUGCGCUUACUCAACUACCCAGAAAAUUGGAUGCCAAACGAAUUUUUGUUCUUAUUUUAAAAGCCCAAAACUUGGAUGAAAAAACUCUUAAAAUGUGGAGGACUCAUUUUCUCUCAGAUGCCUCUAUUGCUCUUUUGCAUGAUUGCUUUUGGUGGUGGUUUCUCCAUAAAUUUAAGCCUGACAGAGAAAAUCAAGAUUUCUUGUUUGAUAGAAUCUCAGAAAGUUACGUGAGACUUUUUGUGAGCAUACCUCUAAGUCGAAAGGAUGCAUUCUUUCAGGUGUAUCCUGAUUGUUUGGCACAAGCUAUCUGUACAACAUUCCAGGAAGCAUUUCCAGAAUCCAGUGAUCUCUUUAGUGAUGCAUUUAAAGAAGAUCUAGGGAAUAACAUUUUUCUUUGGUUGUCAGGCUUGAAACCACGAAAAGGAUUUUGGACCCACUGGAAACUGCAAGAACUGUCCGCAACAACUCUACAUGGUACCAAAAGAGCACCUUUAAUCUCUGUAAAGGACAGGAUAGCAAGAAGUCAAGAACGUAUAACAAACUAUAUAGACUUCAAUAUGAUGAAAAUUUUAAAGAGCCCAACAGCACAUACAAUGUCCAUAUCCAGGGAAGAAUCAAGAUUACCAAAACUAACAACAAAGUCCCAUUAUAGUAGUAUUGGUCCAGAGUUUAACCGUGUGCUCUUCAAUUUUGGAGGUCAGAGUCCACUGAUUUUAUAUUAUCUUAAGAUGCAUCAGCUAUCCGGAAUUCCUCAAACCUCUAAACAAACCAAGGUUAAAUUCACUGAAAUAUCACAAGAACCAUCACCUGCUCCAACUUACUGUGAUAUUAUAAAGGAGGCAAAGAGACAAUUCGAAAGGAAUCAGAAGGAUUUCAAGAUGGAAAAGCUCAGAAUUGAUGAAGAAAUAAAAUUCCUAAGACAGCGGCAGGAAAGAAUUGACAAGGAACUUGAUAGACUCCAAGCAAAGGCUACCAAGAAGCCUUAUGAAGUUGAAGCUGAGUUUCAAAAGUUCCUACAUAAACUGCGUUAUGAAGUUCAAGUUGAGAGAGACUUUCUGGCAUCACCAUCAUCAGCAUCAACAACAGAAGACCACCUUUGAGGAAGAACACUAAAGAGAAA